GAUCAGCUGGAUAUGAAAGAAUACAAGCAAGAAUAAAUUUUGUUUGGUAAUAUGUUAAUGUCAAGACAAAAAAUUUUCAAAAAUAUGAGUCUUUUACAUGCCAGAGAUACUGAAGUAGAUGUAAUGCCUUUUAGAACUUUGCCAAAAUAUGGUAGAGUACGCUAAGGAGUGGCAUAGAAAAACCUUUCCAGAUAAAGGAAUAUAUUUGCAAAUAAAACUUGAACAAACUCUUAGUAUUGUAAAAAAAAAUUAUCUGUUUUUACAUAGAUACUAUGAUGGAAUGUCACUACAUGAGGCAAUGCCAUGGCAAUCAACCAUUUGUUCGAAGGAGUCAGUAAAUCAUAAAAUAUCACAGAAUCAUAUCAAACUAGCUGAAUGGAGUACAACAAGUCAUGAUCAAAGUUAUUAUUUUGUAAAAAUUUUAUAAUAAGUAGUAGACAAUUAAUAAAAAAUCAGGUAGCUGGAACGCCCUACCCAUCGGACGAGAACGCUCUCUAUCCUCUUGAAUACAGCAUUCGCUGGAAUCGCAUUUUUGCUGAUAGUUUCCAAGGUUUUAUUUUCCCAUCGUCAGAACAUUAUUACCUACUCGCCCUAUAUUGCAGUCGGGUCGAAAAGACGCAGUUAGUUGGAGUUUAUUAAGCGCAUUGUCUGUUCGCCGGUGACUCUGAAGUCCGAAGGAUCACAAGAUGUUUGCCGCCUGGGCCCUUUUUUACACGAUGGCGCAAGUCUUGGCAGAAAUUCAUUUCGAAAAAGUCGAUCAUUUAUAUGGGAAACACUUAAUAGUUGCAACAGCUGAUCUCAAUCCAUACAUGUAUGUUCAUCACGAUGAGAACGGUACUAUUGACAGCGCUGACGGCAUCGUCAAUGAAAUGAUGCUUUGGUUGGCACAAAGAUAUCAUUUCACAUUUCAUUACGUAGAAUCAUCUGAUGGUUAUUUUGGAGCAUUUGUAAAUGAAAGCUGGAACGGUAUGGUAGGAAUGGCUGUCAGAAAAGAAAUUGACUUAAUCGCAACGCAGUUGACAACAACUUAUGCUCGUUCAAAAGUAAUUGAUUUUACCACGUCGUUCAGUAAAGAUCCGAUGAGUGCCAUAAUUCCUGCUCCCAAAGAAGAUGGCUUUAUGGCAGCUAUAGUUAAACCCUUUCAGCCCGGAGUAUGGGCCUUGAUAAUGAUCUCGAUGUUUUCUGCAACAUUAGUCACAUUUACUUUCAUGAAGCUGAUACAUAAGUACAUGCCGGAAUAUUACGAUGGUGGAAUUUCAAAUCUACAGUUUUGGGAGAAUUUUAUGUAUUAUUUUGGAAUAAUCAGUUCUCAAGCCGGACGUACAAUGCCGAGUGUUGGCCCGUUGGGGCAUGCAACACGUCUGCUAGCCGCAACUUGGUGUCUCACCGCCGUUGUAUUCAUCUACCUCUACAGUGGAUGCUUGACUUCUUUUAUUACCAUACCAAAACUACGUCCGCUCAUUGAAUCACUGGAUGACCUAGCAACCAGCGUCGAUUUGAAGCUCACUCUCUUGAAAAACUCUGUCUUUGAAUCAAUUAUUUUGGAAGCAACAUCUGGAACUUACAAAGCUCUCGGUGAUUCUUUGCGAAACAACCCAGAAAAUCGGUUACCUAAAGAUUUUUUGGAGCCCGAGAUAUUCCUUAAGCACGCAUUAAUCGGACGGUUCGCCAUGGUUGAUCAAAAAUCGUUUCUUGAAUAUGUUUUAAACCUCGCAUUUAAAACAUCGGGAAAAUGUGACAUAACUUUGAUGAAACAAGAAGUUGUAACCUCGCUUGAUUCGAUGGCGGUUCAAAAGAAUAGCAUAUAUCUUGCUCAAAUUGACCAAGGAUUUCAAACUAUGGCUGCGCUGGGACUUCAGAACUAUUGGGAAAAACGAUUUUUGAAGGUACCAAAAUGUGAAGGUAAUCUUGAAAAAGGAGUGGCCAAGCCAAGGUUAACUUUGGCAAACCUAUCUGGGGCAUUUCUGUUCCUGUUGGUGGGCAUUGGAAUUUCUUUUGCAGUAUUUCUUGUUGAAAAUAUGUGGUCCUGCAUGCAAAAAGGUAAAGGCGUGAUGGAGAGAAGUAAAAGCUUUAAAGUUGAAGCACAUUCACGUAUUUUACCAUCAUAAUCAGCCCGUGUGGUUUAAUAACUGCCGACGAAACAGCAUGUACGUUUAUCAAGGUUAAACUCGUGUAUCACGACAUGAGGUAGUAAUCAUUUGCUGAAGUUACCAUAAAUAUUUUUAA